AUGAUUGAAAUUCCUGUAGAUAACUAAUAAUUAUCAUCUUAAUAAACACUUGAAAUGCUUCAAUUCUAUGUACUAUGUAAUUAUUAUUAUCUAGUUCGAAACUAUUAUUUCUGAAUAUACUGCAUUCAACCAUGCUCAAAUUGUAUAUCCCCUUUAUCAAACGUUUUUAGUUCAAUUGAAUUAAGAGCUCAGAACUUUAGAACAAUCAAAUAUGGGAGAUAUAACAAUUAAUUAAACUUACCAGAAUCUCAAAGUUCUCCAAAAAAAAGCAUCAGAUGACCAAAUUAUACAAGAAAUGCUAUUUGAAUACGAUGAAUGUAUGUGUAAUCUCUGAUUUAAUUAGUCAUCCAUCCUAUUCAAAUCCAAGCUCUGCCCAAACUAAUCAACUCAAAGCAAAAAUAAACCCAGAAAUAAAAGAAAGCAGUUAGUUGCAUCUUGAAUGAAAAUUGUGAUAAACAAGAAUAUUUAAAAGUUGGAUCCUAAUCAGUACUGUUACACCAAACCAAAGAGAAAGUGCAAAGCUUCUCUGAAUUAGAUGAAAAUAAACUCAAUGUCAUAAAGGAAUUUGAUGAGAAGAGCUACUUUUCAUAAAUCAACUUCGAAAGGAACCCUUUAUCCGAUCUAAAAGCUGUCACCGAACAAAGAUUGGCUUAAUCCAAGAAUUACUAUUAUAACGAAGCCUAACUAGAUGAUGUAGAUCUUUUUAUAUACAUAGGCCUAUUAUGUGAUAUAACAAGCUAAAAUGGAACUGCAGGACAACGAACUACUCUUAUAAUGGUUCUAUGAAACCUAUGGAGAAUACGUUAUCACGAUCGAAGAUAAAAUGAAUACUAUGCAAAUUAAUCUCAAUGAACUGGAAUCAAGUGGCUGGAUUAUCGAGAAAAAUACGAAAACACUUGUCAUUAAGUAUAAGAUUGAUUCCAAAAACUCAACUGUGACUCUCUUCAUGGAUUCAGUUUUCGAAGCUAAUGUCACUAAAUUGAUGGCUUUAAUUAAUGAAAUUGAACUAUAUCAAAACUAUGUACCAUUUUGUGUUAGAUCAUCUAUGCCGAAAAAAAUUGGAAAAUGCUGUAAAAUCUGUGACAUACAGGUGUACUUUCCUUUGAUUUCCGACAGAAAAGCUGUGUUUGUUGGAGAAGGUAUUGAUAGGCUUAACAUCAAUGGUACCAUAGUAUUUAUUUGUAAAUCUAUUGACAAUGAUCCUGAAUUUUUAAAAGUACAUAAUAUAGACUUGUCAAAAGAUAAAGGAAAGUUUGUAAAUUUGAUAUUGAAUUACUAUGUAUUUGAAUUAACACCUAUCAGUGAAAAUAAAUGUAGAGUAAGGGCUGUUACCAAUUCAGAUCCCUAAUGUAGAUACAUACCUAAAGCAUUAGUUGCUUUGGUUGCCAGAAAAGUACACAAUUCAUAAUAUAGAUUAGAUGGCCAGCACUUUGUUUGAGAAAAUGUAAAAAAUAACUUAGAAUUUUGAGAAAAGUCCAUGGUAUCCUAAGUAUGUGGAAAACCAAGAAUUUUAUGAUUGGAUCGACAAUAAGGUUUAGGUGUAUUUUUCUAAAUAAAAAUAAUUAUGA